GCAUGGAUACAAGGAAGACCCGUCGGACCCACGGGAUUGACCGCGGGGACAACCUUGACGACUCGGGCCAGCUGGCAUCGGGGGGUGAGGACGAAGAAUUGCCCACGCUGCAGGAUCCGCCGACGGCGCCGGACGAGCGACGGGGGUCCGAUGCCGUGCUCCGCGAGGCGCACUCCCGUCUGGCGGAGCUGCUGCUCGCGGCCGCGUCCAUCCUGGCGGAGAUCAGCUCGUCGGGAGGAGCGGGGACGGCGGCGGACAUUCUACAGGGUCGCCCCGCAGAUUCCCGCCAAAAUUAUUUGGCGAUUCCCGCCAUUUCAUCUGCGCCGACUUUUGGCGGGAACGGCCAUCACCACGUGGCAGCGGUUCUCCAAGCGCGCCCGCUUACGUCACCAACGCGCGCUGCGGACCGCCAUCAGACACCCGCCACUGGGGCCGCCAUCUUACACACCGACGGGGGGGCGGUGAGGAACCACGAGGCGGAGGACGACUUCAUCUUUCAACAACGCCUUCCCACAUUGUCAGCCUUCAAGGCGGAAGGCGGGGACUGGGGCCAAUUUCAGCGCAGGUUUUUGGCGCAUCAGGAGAUGUCCGCCUGGUCCGACGCUACGGCACUGCGGGCACUGCCUGCCAUGCUGGACGACAACGCGCUCGCGGCCUUCACGUCCGCACGCAGGUCGGACCGCUCCACGCUCAAGGAUGCGCUGGCUCUCAUGGCAAAGGUCUACGGUCCUCCCUCGGCGUGUCGCCAUCAUUUUUAUGCAAGGCGGAAGGCGGACGCGGAGACCGUGCUUGCAUAUCGCACGGCGUUGCUGGCUCUCGGCGACGCCGCGUUCCCUCGUAUGGACGAGGAGGGCAAAGAUGCGAUGGUUUUGGAGCAACUGCUCAAGUUGGCGCAGGACCUGGGGGUCCCCAUCAACACGGCCGACGAGAUCGAUAUUUCUUCCUUGCGGGUCGCUACAAGUAUACAAGCGCACGAGGUCCUUCAACGUAAACAGGGGGUCGUCUGCAACGCUGCCGUGGCCUCAGCUCCGGGCCCGGUAGUCACCGAACCCCAAGUCGUCAGCCCACGAGAGGAGGCGUUCACCGCGGGACGACCGGGGGACUGGAGGUCGGGGGGUCAUUCGCCUCUGCGAUCGGCCCGCAAGCUGGAGCAACCGAGAUCUCCGACGACCCUCAUCACGUGUUAUAACUGCGGCCUCCGGGGCCACGUGGCGUCCGGUUGCCGCGCCCCACGUCAGCGCGCCAUGGGACCUCGGCUGGACGACGAACAAGGCCCCAAGUCAUCCCUACAAACCCCGGUGUCUCGGAACUGACAUCUGCCGACCACCGGCGGCCAGAUCUGCGCGGCGGGGCCGGUCCUUCCAGGCCCGAUCCGCGCCGUCUAGAGCUGCCGGAGCCACCGGACGGUCGUCAGCGUCCCGUCCCAUACGACGGACCGGCCAGACGGACUCGCGCUAGGUCGCGCUACUUUUCAUGACCUACCACGUGAGGAGUCGAGGCAGCCGGAGCGCCUCGUCACUGCGUUUAGUCACAGGGACAUUUGGCGCGUUCGUUUUUUGGAGUUCGCUUUUAUUGUGUUGUUCGUCGGGCUGUACAUUGCUUCUUAUUUAAGUGUUGCUGUUGUGUUGUUGUUGUUGCGUUACGGGGCACACUGGGGGGUGGGGUUUUUAUUAUUGCGUUGACGUUGGGUUGUGUUGUUGGUUAGCAGCCGGGCCGGCUGCGAGCUAUGUGGGAGGGGGUGAUGUAGUGGUGAUACGCGCUGGGGUAGGGAUCGUGUGCCAGCGCGUAGUGAUUGGCUGUGUAUGUGGUGACGCGCGCUGACGGUGGAGGAUCAGGGGUCAGCGCGGGGUCGUGGGUUACGUGGUGCUGAUUGGCUGUGUGCCGGUGACGCGCUGAGAGGGAGUGAUCGGGUGGCAGCGCGGUGUGAUUGGUUGAGUAGUAUUAACACGCGCUGGGGAAAACGGAUCGUAGAGAUAGCGCGUCGUCAUUGGUUAACUAAGGAGUGAUGCUCACGUCGACGUCCGCAUCAGCUCCGUCUCCCGUGAGCAGGGGCUAUAAAAGGGGAUGCACACAGGCGUAAAGACAGUAUGUAACAAGCGAAGACUGAAGACGGGGAUGAAGAGAUAGGGCCCUGCGGUACCUAGUCCCGCUGUCCUAACGGGACCGGGACUCUGUGUAACCCAGAGGCGAAUGCAUUGGGUGUAGCCAUAGGCAUAGGGUCUACACGAGUCGAAUGCAUGGUGUGUAGCCAGAGGCAUAGGGUCUACACGAGUUAAGUGAAGUGUGUGUAGCCAGAGGCAUAGGGUCUACACGAGUUAAGUGGAGUGUAUAGUGAGAAGAAUAGAGACCACACGUUGUAUUGUGACACGUCAAGAUUUAAUAAAAGUGUGUUACCCGUCAAGAAGUUCCUGCCGUCAUUUCCAAUACUUCACUUGUAAGGGCCGGGACACUGUGAGGGCCAGUGGUGGGACUCUGGGACUCCCGGCUCUACGUCCUUGUAAGGGCGAGUUCCGAGGAAGCCAGAGUCCAGACCCGCACCUUGGCUGGGUCGGGUCAAUUAGCCUCCCCUACGGUAAUUACAGCCGGAGGACCCCAGAGCGUAGCCAGAGUAGUGUAUCUAGGCUGUGUACCUAGGCUGUAACAGAGUAUCAGGACUGUUGGAGUGUUUUAUUGUAAUAAAGAAGAUACCUCUACAAGUGUCUCCGGAACCCAUUACACAUGCUUUCCUAAAAGGCCGUGGUAUUUAUAGUUUGUGUAAAAUAUUCCUUUGUUUCGUGUAGAGAACGUUCAAUGAAAGAUGUCUGCCGAUCUGUUUUUUCGCAAGGAGGUACUUUAAAGAGCACAUUUGAAGGCAUCGUGGAUUUUUGUUACAGAUUUGUAUUCUAGCCUAGGUUUUAUUGAAGCUUAACUUCUAUUUAAAUAAAACUUUAGAUAUAUCUGUCUGCAUUGAUAUCCCACCUUGUUUACCACAUGUUUACUUAAAUAUGUAGACGCUCCCUCUGAAGACGUCACCUCAAAUUAACGAGUGGGUUACGUCAGGGCCUCCCCCUUUCUCUGGCUUGUGAUGUCACCAAGAGCAGAACUCGCCUCCACGGAAUCUAACGACUGCACUGUCUUGGAAUGCAUUUACACAGUAAUCAAAUCUUCACAACUGCCAGGGAACACACAUUAAAAACCACUUAAUGUACACUUGGAAGGCAUUUUGAAUUGUCUUGAAACUGAAACACGCGUAAGGAGGUCUACAAGGAGCAGGGUCUGAGAUUGACGUGUGAAAUUUGAAGUUCCAUAAGCCCAUCGUUUGUGAUUCAAGGACCCAAUAAAGAUGGCAGCUGGGAAACGUCACCAUAAGUGAAGGUGACCUGUGAAGGCUCCAGGGUUUGACUUCCAGGCCGCUAAUAGAGCCCGAGACGAAUCACAGCCAUUUGUGGAUGUGGAGGUUUUGGAGGACUUUUCGGACAAUGUAGAGAGUAGAAGCAGACAGAAUGUGUGACCAUAAGUGUUGGGUAGACCUGUAACCAAAAGCAUGAGACACGGUUUCCCAAUGUUUAUUUCAAUUGUUUAGUUUUUAGUUGAUUUGGAAUACAGUACUUAUUUCAAUUGUGAUUUAAAUUUUAGUUGACGAUUACCUAACGCCAUUACUUGGGUAAGGCUUAAGUAUUGAAUAUCGCGUUUUUAGCUGUCGCGUGGCACUUUCCAAGAACGUAACCUCCGAUAUUCAAGGGGCGGCUGUAUUUUCUGUCGAUCGAGUACAGCAAGGGAGUACGGAUUUUUACUAGAAACUAGAUCUCUGCUUUCUUGAUGUAAUUAAGGCCUAUGGUACCAUAAAGAGGCUUGGUGCUUUGGGUUCCUUGAUUUCGAUGUCUCUGCCUCUGCUCACAUUCGUUGAGGAUUUUUAUGAUUUUGGGCAGGCCCAUCUAAAGGUGCGUGACCAGGAGUUGGAACCAUUUCCUGUUCAACUCGGCUUGUGGCAGAAAUUCACUCUGGCCCAAUGCAUUACAUUUGUAAUGUGAGGUUACACCUGGAUAAUAACGAUGGGCUCUGCCGGCCUCAGCCUGCAACCAAUGGGGAGUCGAGUUAGGGGCGUGGCCCUGGAGCCGUACAUUAGCUUCGGGAAAGUUCCAGGGGUGUGGCUGAGGAUUGGCUGCGGGGCAUCACGUGGGCCAGGGAUUUAAAGGAGCGGAGAAGCCACGCUGGUGCCGUGGUCCGGAGCCUGCCACGUGGCGGGCCGCCGCAGUCUCUCUCUCACGCUGUCAGCCAACAGCGUGAAGGAGCAAGGGAACUGGAGGAACGAAUGUGGUGGAAGCUGUGAACGAAACUGAAUAAAGAAUUCUCAAUUGACGACGUCUCAACGGGGUUUAUUACACAUUACAUAGCAUGUUCAAUAAUUAUGUAGUUUGAGGAGCUCACAAUGGCCGUAUAAAUAAACUAGCUGAGAGUAUGGUCAGUGGAUGUUGCUGUGGGUUGACGACCACGGUGGGGGUUAGGGCGAGUUAAACGUUACCGCUGGGGAGCGUGGCUCUCUCCACGCGAGGGUGUGCGAUUAGGCGUUUUGUUGGGUUGCUGAGAGUGACCGUGGGUACAUGCUGUGUACGUGCGAUGUCUGUGCUGGUCCUCAAGGGAGGACUGCUGGUGGGUAAGAGCAGGAAAUUUUGUUGUUGUUGUUGUCACGUGUAAAUAAUAUUGUUGUUAAAAUGUAAAUACUGGGGCAUCCAUUGCGUUAUUUUGGGUAUUUAUGGGGAGUUUUUUUAAGCGGGCUGGAUUUACAUCAUCUCCACUACCCUGAGGCCGGGUGGCUGUCGUGUACGACAUGCGGAUGUGCGUUGUUGUGCUGUGCCUCAGGGGAUUGGAUUCUCCUUCUCGUCACAGAUUCUUCAGCUCCCGUCGCACUGGGUGUUACCUGGUGUGCUAGCUGGAUGAGGACUUGAAGGAGCAAUUGAGCGCCGUUCGUCAUUCUGCUCUACCACUUGCUCUUUGACGUUGGACUUGAGCCGAGCGGAUGGAACUGCAACAUGGACACGCACUAAAACAUCACAUUUCUGGGUUGUGCGCGUUGGCCGUUCUUGCGUGUCAGUUGCCGUUUUUGUUCAUUGUGCCAUUCUUAUUCUUGUUGAUGUUGCGCGGAGGACAGGCCGGUGUUCUGUUCCAGUUCCUGAUACCUCCCCUUUCGUUGCUUGUGUUGUUGUUGUUAUAAUCUCCGUUGUGUCUGGGGGACUCCUGAUUGUGAUGCCUUCGCCCGCAUUAUUUUGUUCUGUUUCAGCCGAGGACGGCUGGGAUUUUCUCUACGGGGGAGGGUAGUGUAAUGCGGGCGUAAAUGGGCGGGGCGGAUAUGACGAUCCGAGAGGGAGGAGUCAGGGUGACGUGGGGGAGAAGUUAUAGCGGGGAGACAGGAAGCUAUCUGGGUCAGUCGGGGGAGUGAAGGGUGGUGAAGACGUUGGGUGGUCGCCGUGCCUCAGCCUGGUGGCUGAGGGGCUCAUGACGGCGCCAGCCAGCGGGGUGGAAGAGAGAGUGGAGGAUUGAGGUUGGAGAUGGCGAGAUAGCCACAGAGGCCACGAAGGGCUGAGGUAGGAAGUGGCGAGAUAGCCACAGAGGCCACGAAGGGCUGAGGUAGGAAGUGGCGAGAUAGCCACAGAGGCCACGAAGGGCUGAGGUAGGAAAUGGCGAGAUAGCCAUAGAGGCCACGAAGGGCUGACGUUGGGAGGUGGCGAGAUCGCCACGCACGGAGGAACAGGGAGCAGCGAUGGAGCUGCUGUGGGGGCAGCCGGAGGGCUGCACCAAGAGCCUGCAGCGGAACUGCAGGAGCGUGGAAGGCUACGGGAGCGAAGGCAGAUGUGGGGCUGCCAGGGAGAGAGUCUCAGGAGGAGUGCCGUGUGGGAAG